AUGGCGACCCACUUCAUCAUCCCGAUCAGGGACGUUCUCCAGGCAGUAGGGGACAUAAAAUCCUACGACAACUGGCUCGCCUGCCUGAAAACCUACCUCAUAUCCCAAGAUCUCUGGGAUUUAAUCGACUCCCCUGAAAUUACUUACUUCCUGCCACUGUUACUACCGACGCCGCCGGGCGGCGGAGGAAGAAUGCGGCGGCUCUGCACGCGAUUCAGAUUUCGCUGGGCUGUGACGUGCUCCACGAGAUACGGGAAAUCAGCGCGGCGAAGGAGGCUUGAGACGCUCUGGCGGAUAUGCAUUGGAAGAAGCUACUACCCAAGAACGACCCUGAAGCUGGAGCUGGAGCAGAGCAGCUGCAGUAGGCCGACGCUGGUAAAUCUCGAACUGGCAUAUUUAAUUAACUUCUUAAAUUACCGCGGUUAA